CCAGUAGAAUAAAAUUCUACAGGUAAUGGGUUUAUUUCAAUCGAAUUAAUUUUGUUUUGUUUGGUUCUAGCUCAGAGCUAAAAUAUGAAUGAGUAUAUCGCUAUAUGUGUUUGUAUAAAAUGUGUGUAGGUAUGCCUUUAAGAACGCGAUCAUAUAUCAAGUUUGAUUGUUAAACACAUGUCGAAAACGUGGUUUUGACCUACAAGUUAGGUCUUUCUUUAUUUUAUUGGUUUAUGAAAGUGAAGUCCCGCCCUCACUUACAUGUUGUGGAAUAUGAGUGGUUGUUUUCGAGAGAGACGAGGGGGAGAUUGACAAGUGCAGCCAAUCGGAAAGAUAAGCGAAAAGAUUGCAGUAAAGAUAAGGAGUUGUUUAAUAGGUUAUUCAUCGUAUUAAUACCUUGAUUUGUGUAUAUUAAUUUGAUUAAGACACACGAGUUUGGAGUUUGUGUUAUUUGUUGGUAACUGGGUUCUCCGUGUAUGUUCGCUCAACAUUGCGGACUUUCGCCAUUCGUUAGCUGGACCCAUCGUUAAUACAGGCAGUGUUUCAAGUUAUUCUACAGACACAAAGACUAUAUUCACGCACUUUAUUGGCGGUUUGUCGAUCUGUGCAAGGACAACAUAGUUCAAAGUUAACAUGAGAGUUCGCUGGCUGCAAGUGAGGAGUCUGUGGUUCGUCUUCAGACAGAGUGCAGCUACGCACAGGAAGAUUUCCCGGAGGCCUACUACCGUGCAGAGGAGUCAGUGGUCCGUCUUCGGAGAGCGCGCAGCCGUGCACCGGAGGAAGAUUUCCCGGAAAUUUCCACAGUGCAGCAGAAUCACUGGUUAUUCCACAACGGAAUUCAGGUACCUUUGUGUGAGUUUUGUUUUUCCCGCUCAGGAGAGUGAAGAGGCCAGUUUGCAGUUUCUAAGGUCACCACGUACUCCAGCAACGUUUCAGGCCUGCAACGGGGUGUGUAGUGUAUGACUGGUGGAUGUGUGUGGGCCCACAGUAUUUCCUAGCGAUUUAUAUGGUUAUUCAGUGCACUUACAAACUGUGAUGUUUUUUUUUAGAGUGACUUUUUGAUACUCCUAGUGAGUUAUUUUGUCCAGUCAUCUCAAGUGAGUGUGACAGAGACAAAUUAAUUAAUUUUAUCACCUGAAGUAUUGCAUUAUUGGUGUGAUAUUGUUAAAUGGUGAUUUAAUAGAGAUGUGAUUGUGUGAAUUACUCACAUCCUGAACCAUUUGUCUAUUUGAGGUCAUUUUCAUCCCUUUUUUAUUGUUUAAUUAAAUUCUUUACAUUUUGUUACUUUCACAAGAGUUCAUUCAUAGACAAGUUAUUCAUAAGUGAAUAUAGAUUUUAUUAUAUAUAACUUUCUAAAGGAGAAGUAAUUCAUUGUGACACCAGAGGGGCCUAACUUCAACAUUGGUAGGCACAUAGUAAUUGAAUCCGGUGCACUGCCCUACUUAAUUAACAUAAAGACAGGUAGGGGGCGCUACAUAAAGUGGGGGCUCGUCCGGGAUCUCCCUCUGGCAAGUCACAACUGAGUUCCUGAAAGAAGAAAAGAAGAGAAAAGUUAAGCUCAAGCAUACCCGGUUGUCGCAUUAUAAGUGACUGAGAACUGCACAGUGUUAUCAUGGCUCUAACAAAAGACCCCCGUCUCCAAGCAGAGUUAGCCAACUGGUGCAAGGAUACUGGCAUUGAUGAGACUCAUGCUUUAAUGCUGUUAAAUGUACCUGUUCACACAGAAGUGGCUGAAAUUGAAGAGACGAUGGAAGCAGUAAAAGCGCUAGGAAGAGUUCGUGUAAGAGACACGAGAGAAGGUCCUACCUCACAUUCUCUGCUGGUGUUGUGUGAGUGCAGACAAGCCAUUGACCCUAAGCGCAUACCUCCUGAAGUGUCAUGGGGAGAAAAGAGUGACCCAUGGUCAGUCAUAGUAAUCCAGACACAGGAAUCUGAAUCUGACACAGAUACUGGAGGAUUUACUGAAAAGCUUGCAAAGUUCCUGAUGGAAGAAGGAAAGUCUCUCAGUGAUAUACAAGCUUUGAUUUCUCCCCACAGUGCCCCAGACAGUUCCCCUGAGUUGAUUAUACGCGCCAUGGGUGAGGUUUUUGCAAAAACAGUAAAGCUCCCAAGUGACAGCAACGCAUAUCGUCGCCUGCGCACCUUUUCAGCCACAGUUCCAACCCCUGUGGGAGAGGAGAAUAUGGAAACUUGGAUGGACCAAGCUAGGCUGAUGGUAACUGAGUGUGACUGCUCCGAAAAAGAAAAACGACGGAGAAUUGUGGAAAGCCUCAAGGGACCUGCCUUGGACAUCAUAAGAGCUGUCCGAUUUUCAGAUCCUGAAGCGAGCGCUUUGCAGUACUUGGAAGCGUUGGAGAGCACUUUUGGAUCAUCUGAGUCUGGUGAGGAUUUAUACUUCAAGUUUCGUCUUAUGCGCCAGGGCACAGGGGAGGCUCUGUCUGAAUUCCUGAGAAGGAUGGAGAGGACCCUCAGCAAAGUAGUGGAAAGAGAUGGACUGUCCCUCAGACUGGUGGACAAAGUACGAGUGGAGCAGCUGAUUAGAGGGGCUGUAAAUUCUGAUAUGAUGUUGCUCCAGUUGAGGCUGAGAGAAAGGAAAAAUCACCCACCUUCUUUUCUGAGUCUGCUAAAGGAAAUACGUGAGGCAGAGGAGAGUGAAGCUGCUCGCCACAGAAUGUCUGCGAAAGCCAAAGCCAUACAAUUCCAUGAAGAGGAAAGAGCCAGCACCUAUGUCAUCCAGGAACUUAAGGCCGAGAUUGAAGAAUUGAGAAGCCAAAUAAGUGAAGGUGAGCCCAAAACUGUGUCUACUUCAUCAUUAGUGAUUAAAACUAAAGAAAAACCAACCAAGAGGGCUGAAAAAACUGAUGAUUCAGAAGUCCAAGAGUUAAAGAAACAGGUCCAACACUUACAGCAGAAGUUGGCAGUUCUGAGUGUCAGUUCUACUCAGUGCUCACCUCAUGUUCCAGAGCAGCGGCCAAAACCAUCCCAGUCCCAGUCUGUAUCCACGUCCUUAAGAUACAAGUCAGUCAGAACAAGAGAUGACUACUUUUGCCAGGUGUGGAGAAGACGGGCAUAUUGCAACUAAGUGUCAAGCUCCACC